GAGGCGGCGAGCGGGAUCCCGCGGGCUGCGCUCAGGCAGCUCCUGUCUGCGCCCGGCAGGGCAAGUGGAGGGCGCUCGGGGCAGAGCCGCGCGAUGGACUCGAGAGAGGAGGUGGUGUUGGCCACGACGGAGCCACUGUUGAUGCCAGUUUCCCACAAUGAUAUAUGCCGAAACCUCUCUCCUAGCUGGUGUCUAUCUCGGGCAGGCAGCACGGUGCCAAUGCACGCCCAGACCCAGCUUGAGACAGCUACUAUGAAGCCAACUGUGAUGGUCCCAGAAUCCCAGAUGAUGGUGAAAAACGAAGUGGAUCUUAUCAAAGCUCAGCUGCAUGCUCAAACCAAGGCUUUUCAGGCACUGAGCCACUCAAUCACCUUGUUGGAGCAGGAGAGCAACCAGCAACAAGGUCGGAUCAAGGAGCUGGAAGAGGAGGUGCAGUUUUUUGCCCGCUCACCUCAUGGGGAGAUGUUUGAUAGCCUCAUCCAGAAAAGGAUCCAGGAUGUAUGGAAAGUCAUGACCAGAGAGGUCCAAGGACUCCAUGGAUCCAUGAUCGAGAAGGAAAGCUCCAUGGAGAACCUGUCGCAAGAGGUCCUCGAGAGCAAGAAGUUCCUUUGGGAGGAGCUGGAAGCUGUGCAGGGUGAACUGCGGCGCAUUCAUCAGAAGCUGAAGGACCAGGAGGUUGAUAUCACCAGGAACCUGGUCAGCAUUAAGAAAAUGCAGGCGAAUCAGCUGAAGUGCACCAAGUUCCUGGGCCAGCUGAAGUGCAGAACAGCAGGCGAUGCCUUAGAACCUGCAGAUAAUAAGCCUGUGACUGAAGAGCUGAACAAUAUCUGGUCAGCUGUCAACACACUGCGCAACUCCUUCACCAACAGCAUCUGGAGUGACAAGAGGGGGUCUCAGAGGAUGAAAGGUCGGGGCAGCCGACAUCACCGGAAAUCUAGCUCACCUGAGGCCUUUUUAUCGGACUCAGCCCUGUAUCAGGCCCGCAGUAGCUCAGAGCACAGCUCGUAGAAUGCAGAGGUAUAGAGCAAGACUCAACUCAGGAACCUGGAAAGACUGGCACCUUCCUGGGGGCUGAAUUAUGGACAGUGCAGAUGAAAUUAAACAGCGCUGCUUGGAAAGAA